CCUGGUAGGCAGUGUCGGAAUCCUGCAGGUCAGUCGGUCAGUCGGUCAGUCUCUCUCUUUCAGCACCUGAUCGAGCGCUCCUGGUACGCCGUGACGGAGACCUGCCUGGCCUUCACAGUCUUCAGGGAUGACUUCUCUCCACGAUUCGUCGCCCUGUUCACCCUCCUCCUCUUCCUCAAGUGCUUCCACUGGCUGGCCGAGGACCGGGUGGACUUUAUGGAGCGAAGCCCCAACAUCUCCUGGCUCUUCCACUUCAGAGUGCUGUCUCUGAUGGUGCUGCUGGGAAUUCUGGACUUCCUGUUUGUGAGCCACGCCUGUCACAGCAUCAUCACCCGGGGGGCCUCGGUCCAGCUGGUGUUUGGGUUCGAGUACGCGAUCCUGCUGACCAUGGUGCUGACCACCUUCAUCAAGUACGCCCUCCACACCGCCGACCUGCAGAGCGAGAACCCCUGGGACAACAAGGCCGUCUACAUGCUGUACACCGAGCUCUUCACGGGCUUCAUCAAGGUGCUGCUGUACAUGGCCUUCAUGACCAUCAUGAUCAAGGUGCACACGUUCCCCCUCUUCGCCAUCCGCCCCAUGUACUUGGCCAUGAGGCAGUUCAAGAAAGCCGUGACGGACGCCAUCAUGUCUCGACGGGCCAUCCGCAACAUGAACACGCUUUACCCUGACGCGACCCCAGAGGAGCUGCAGGCCACAGACAAUGUCUGUAUCAUCUGCCGGGAGGAGAUGGUCACUGGAGCCAAGAGGCUCCCCUGCAACCACAUCUUCCACUCCAGCUGCCUGCGCUCCUGGUUCCAGCGGCAGCAGACCUGCCCCACCUGCCGCAUGGACGUCCUGCGGGCCUCGCUGCCCAAUCAGACGCCGGCCCCGCCCCCGGCCCAGCCCCCGGCCCCACCCCCCGCGGCCAAUCCGGCGGGCGUGGCGCCCGGCAACGUGCCUCCCGGGAUGAUGCCUCCCUUCCCUCCAGCCAUGUUCCCAUUCUGGGGGCCGUUCCCAGCGGCGCCCCCCCCCGCGGGGCCCCCCCCCCCUGGUCCUGGGGAGCCCCAGUCUGCCCCCAUGUGGCCUCAGGAAAACCCCAAAUGGAUCCGUGAGGACGGCGGGGGGCUGGGCCAGUGGGCGGAGAACAGGAAACAGCCUCCCGGUGGUGAGAGGGGCGCCAUUCAGCGCGGUGCUGUCUGGAGUAAGACCCCCAUCAUCUGGGUGAGCAGACAGUCCUGCACGGUCCAGACAGCAGCCAUUGCUCCGAGUGGGUCAGAGCUGCAGGGCCGAACUCACCUGCUCGGGCUGGACAGGUGA